AGGAAAUCUGAGGAAUGCAAACUACAGACCCCACAAUUCCGUGUAAUAAUUCCUUUGCCCUCCUCCUGGAUAGCGUCACGUAGCGUCACGGAGCAGUCGGAUCGGUUGGAGUCGGCUACUUUGUUGGGAAAGUCUGGAGUCGACUACUUGCGGGAGUGAAGCUGUCAAUCAUCCAGAGUGGCUGGGCCGCAGUGGGGCACUGAGGCAUCGUCCGCACAGCGCUGCCAUCCCUCCCGGUCACACCACCCAGUACGCUUUCUUCUUGCAGAUUGUUGAGCAGGGAAUUGGACAAGAAAGAGAGAGUGAGAAGGGAGAGAGAGAGAGAGAACGCGGGUGAGAGAGUGUACCUGGGCUGUGCUGAGAAGUUGGCUCAUAGUUCCUGGACUGUCUAGGGCACUAUCCUGGUUUGCCUUCGCUCUCAUUUGUGGCGCUUAUACCCCGAGUAAGAAGAUGAGCGGUGGCGAUAUCGUCUACAGCGGCUGGUUGAGGAAGUCCCCACCGGAGAAAAAAUUGAGACGUUACGCAUGGAAGAAGCGCUGGUUUGUACUUCGAAGUGGCCGUCUGACAGGAGAUCCAGAUGUGUUGGAAUACUACAAAAAUGAUCAUGCAAAGAAACCGAUCCGCGUCAUUGACUUGAAUCUUUGUGAGCAAGUGGAUGCUGGGCUGUCCUUUAAUAAGAAGGAUCUUGAGAACAGUUACAUUUUUGACAUUAAAACAAUCGACCGUGUCUUCUACCUAGUAGCAGACACUGAAGAAGAAAUGAAUAAGUGGGUCCGAUGCAUCUGUGACAUUUGUGGGUUCAAUCCUACUGAUGAGGAUGCUGUUAAACCAUCCAAUCCUUCUGGCACUGCCAUGACUGAGGUACCUCUUUCUGUUAAUACUACACAACCCUCCGUGCGUUCAGCAGUUUCCAUGGGCUCACUACCUCCCCCAUAUCAGCCAAUUAGUGUGCGACAUCUGGAGUCUUUGUCCAGCCAAGAAGAUCCACAGGAUUAUCUAUGGUUAGCCAACUGUGAAAGUAAAAAGCCUGAACCCACCAGCCAUGCAUCAUCAUUUGCCACAGAAGAGGGGGACGAGUAUCUUUUGCUGGAAGAUUUUGAGAGCAAAAAGCAUCCGUUUCAGAUUCAGUUGCAUGCAGAUUCUUCGACCAAGUCCACAUCAUCAGAAACUGAUUGCAAUGACAAUGUACCUUCACACAAACCCCCAGCACCUCCUGCACCUAAACAGGCAAUGAAUGGCUUCUUCUCGCAACCAAGUUUUUAUGAUUCUCCCCCACACAGAGUCACUUCAAAGUCUACAGAUUCAAGUCUUUACAACCUGCCAAGGAGUUAUUCUCCAGACAUAAUUACUGGAACUUGUUCACUGUCAGCUGCUGAUAGUGAAGGAGAUUUAUAUGUAUUUAAUACACCUUCACGGAUAUCUGGUAUAGAGAAUCCAAUGAGGCAGAUGUCUGUUUGUUAUGACAUUCCUCCCACACCUGGAGGCACGUAUCAGAUUCCACGACCUUCUGCAGAGGGGACCCUGAGUCAAAGUUGCUCAAAGUUGGAACCUAUACCAGAUGUUCCUCCACCUCGCCCACCAAAACCUUCUCUAUCUCAUGACCGCUCCCCAGUGGACACCUACUGUGUACCUCGAUCAUCCUCGGAGGCUGAUACCAAUUACAGCGUUCCCACAUCUGGCAAAACUCUUCGAAGCAAUACCAUUGGCACUGUGGAAGGCCACUGGCUAAGAAAAGACUGUGGUCCUCAAGAUAGCUAUGAUAUUCCCAGAAAGUUUUCAAAUUCAGUAGAUCUUGGGGAAGGCUUUAGUAGUUACCUACAAAAGAAGGGUAUGAUGCCACUAGCAAGUUUAGGUAAUGAAGAAGCUGACCAGAACUAUGUGCCCAUGGAUGCUAGCUCUCCGCCACGCCUGCAGUCAGCCAGCCACUCAGAGCCAGUCCAGGACACUAAUUAUGUCGCCAUGACACCUAGUACUUUUGAUUUCCCCACAUUGGGAAUGCAGGUCCCACCUCCAGCGCACAUGGGUUUCAGGGUAAGCCCCAAAACUCCUCCCAGGAGACCAGUGCUUAAUGCUGAUUGUCAGCCGCCACCAGUGGACAGGAACCUUAAACCUGACAGAAAAGGUCAAAGUCCUAAAAUAUUAAGAGCUAAACCCGUUUUAGAACGAACUGAUACUCAAACCAUAGGUGACUUUACUCCAAGACGACACAAGGUUAAACCUGCUCCACUGGAAAUUAAACCUUUACCUGAAUUUGAAGAAAUGCAGGAAUUGGCUCCAGUCAGAUCACCGGUGACCAAAACCUUUACCAGAGAAAGCAGCCACUCCAGGUUUCCCGUCAAUCCCCGACCAGCCUCCGUUCACAGCACUGCUUCCAGCACUGAUUCACAGGAGGACAGUGAGGAAAACUACGUGGCCAUGGAGUCUGCUCCCUCCACAGACGAUCCAAGCAUAAAACAAGGAGUACUGCAAUGUUGUGACGGGGGAAGUAGUUUAACAAGAUCUAAAGGUGACAAACAACAAGUUGAGUAUUUAGACCUGGAUCUAGACUCUGGAAAAUCAACACCACCUCGAAAGAAAAGCAAUGGUACAGGUACAGUAGCAGCAGAUGAAAAAGUAGACUAUGUAUUGGUGGACCAAGAGCGAACACUCGCACUGAAGAAUACCAGAAAAGCAUGGACCGAUGAAAGACAAUCUACUGAGUCAGAGACUCCAAUUAAAAGUGCAAAGUGACCUGAUGGUGUCAUUUAACUGAACAUUAUGCCUUGUUGAGAUGCCUUUUUAUUCCUGCCACUAAUGGCAUUCUAGCCAGCAUGCUCUACCUUGAAUGAGCCAUCGAUCAAUUUAUGAAAUGACUUGAGACUUUACAUACAAGCAGCAUACAUCAUCAAAAAUGGGAAAUUAUUGGAGUCAAGUCAAUAGCUGUAAUUAAGUGCAUGCGAUCAUGCUUUGUCUGCGAAGGCUACCUUUGACACUGUACAUUAGUUUCAAGCACUCAAAUAGGUUAAUGUAGUCUUUAAAUGCCAAUUGGAAUUGUUACUUUGGUACAAGGAGAAGCUAUUAGUUACUGCAGGAAACUGGUCUCAGAAGUUGAUUCUUUGUAAUAGAAGAUAACUUCACUUUUAAUUCAAGUCUGAAUCAUGGAAAUAUCCAGUCUGUAAAGUAUGUUUUAGCUGAACUAAUUUUCUAAUUUUUUUUAAUUAAAAGUCCAGGUUAUUUAAGCUAUAGUUGAGGCAUUUUUUUGACACUUUAUAGACUUAACAGUGGUAGUUACAAUAGAACUACUAAUACAUUGUUAAACAUCUCUAUUGCAACAUUGCUGGCAGUGGCCUUUAGAUCACCAUGAUCAAUAAUUAUCUACAAAUAACAAAGAACAGAAUCCCACAUUCCUUGCCAGUAUUGAACAAUAAAGGCCAAUGGUGGCUUAUUCUACAGUAUGUGUUUACCAAAAUGACUACCACGGAGGAAGAAGUAUGCACUACAUGUACUCAACAGUUGUUGAGUUGGUAACUCUGGAAGGUUGAGACCUUUAAUUUGCUCUGUGGUUUACAGAUAUGAAUUUAAAAUUAAACAUUGCAGAAUGCAGAUUCUGCAGGGUAGAGUCUUGCAUUCCUUGUCACUGAUCCAGAGUGAAAUUAAUUUGGUGUUAUUGUGGUAGCAAGAUGGCUCAUAAUUUUUAAACUGAGGUGGUAUUUCUUGCCAUAAUUCUGGCAUACUUGUGCCCUAGAAUCUUGUUGCAAAAUAUAUGUUCCAUUUCAGCCAUGUGUUUUUGAAUUAUUUGCAAAAACAGUUAUAAAAAAUUUUGUACUACUUUCAGUACUAAAUUCUAUUUGAAGUUAUGGAUGGUUACAAUUUUUUUGCAUUCUUUUGACAUUUUUGGAGAUUGAGUACAUAUUUUUAAAGAUCAUGUGUUUAUAAUGGGAACUAAGUUAUGUCAAACAUCCAUCUCGAAAAGCUACCUACAUUUCAGUAACAACCACCACCUUAUCUCGGGAAUGUGAUAAUUAUAUUGUAUAUAACAUUUUUCAGAUCACUUAUAAAGUGCUUACAAGCUGUAAAUGUACUAAAAAAAUUACUAACAUUUGUAUUUACAAAAAUUGUCUAUAUGCAUAAAAAUGUUGGAGUCCAUCAAAGAUUUUAUCAUUAAACCUUAAAUGAAUUACUAUAUGUGUAUGUUUAUAGUUUUCCAGCUCACAGGCCUUGUAUCUAAAAUAAAUACCUUGUCUGAAGAACCCUUUUCUCAUAUUGUAAAUUACACAUAGAAAUUGUUACUCAUAAUAAUGAAGCGGUAAAACGACUUGUAUUUUAAUGAGUUAUCAAAAUGUCAGUCAUAAUGUAAAUGUAAAAUUAAAUCAGUUGCAUU